UGGACUUAUUGAAAGACCCUCUUAUUUGGACUCUCCAGAUGUAUCCGUACACCUUAAGUUAAUGCUGUUUUUUUUUUCUUAAAAAAAAAAAAACAAAGUUCUAGUAAAAUCAAAAUAAACAGAGUAUAAGUACACCAACUUCAUCAACGAUAGCCAAGGAGAGGUAAAGAAAGAAGGAGGCGCUCAUCGAUCAGCAGCAUGAACUCCACGGACUACAGAGCCACAGCUAUAUUGACGGAACACUUGGGCUACCCACCACUCACGUUAAUUGAUAAUGUAAUAAACGCGGUUAAUAAGAUUCUGGCUAGGUGUAUAGAGGGAUUAGAGAACUAUUUGAAAGAACGAGAAGUUGAUCUACAAGAGAAAGCACGUGCAAAACAGAACUCAGAUAAUGAUGUUAUCACUGGCGGGUCAAAGAAGUCAAAAGCAGGUGAAGAGAUUGACUUGGAGACAUUUUCCAGGGAAAUUGAAACUGGUACUGCUAAAUUAGAAUCGUUACUUGAUAACCAGAUCGAUAAGAAUUUCGAUAAGUUUGAGUUGUAUGCAUUUCGAAAUAUCUUUACUAUACCCAAAGAGCUAAUAGAGGAAGGUUGGAUAAAAUUGAAGCAUCACGAAGAUAUUGAUUUUGGGGAAUUGACUCACGUUGAUAGCGAAAAACUCGAUGAAGAAAUAACAACUUUGAUCCAUCAAAUUAACCUCGAAUUGAAGUUAAGAAGAAUCUUGAAAUUACAACUAAUCAAGGCCGAUAAAAUCAUCGAUAGUUUGAAAAGCUUCAAGCAAAUACUAACAGCCACCAUAUUUGAUCAAUUCGAGUCAAAUAAUGAAUUGGCAGAUGAGGUGAAAACGGCAUUCAGAUCAUUACAGCCGAUCUCAGAUAACUUGCAUUUCAUCUUGAGCCAAGUUGAUGACUUAACCUCUCAGGUUGUGCUACUAAAUAAAAAAUUUCUUCACGACAAACAGCUAUCUGAUCUAGCUUCUAUCAAAUUCGCUCCUUCUUUCAGAGAUAAGUAUAUACACGCUAAGUCAUUCAAGCUAUUGGAAACUGUUGGAAUCCUCGAUAAGAACAACUUGUCAACUGUUUUAAAACCUUUGAAUGAAUCCUCUGCAUCUCCUCCUCCAUCAGUUUCCAACAUAAAAGCUUCUGUUUCUGAUGUCGAAACCAUUAAAGACUUUAACAAAAAACUCUCUCAAACUGCUUCAAUGCCUUCCACUGCCGGCUCUCUCUAGGGUUCGACUUACUAUGUAUAUUAGUGUAGAUUAUCUUGUAUAAUAUAAGGGU